AGCUCCAGUGUGCACGAUACCCCUUUCACGACAUGCUAAGGUGGGUCCGUUUAGGCCGGUGUCCCCUGCAAGCGUCCAGCAGUGGACAAGAACGGAGCGGUUGUGUACUCAGCCAAUCCACAACCAGCUCAACAGUUCAAUCCCUACGUGCUACCGGGUCUUCAGGGUUAUGUACCCGCCGUGUCAUAGAAGGCCUUUCUGGCUGUUGAGUCAUGCCAUUCACCAGUCAUCGGCAUGGCUGUAUUUGAACACGCCCGCACACUGAAAGUAACAUGUCGCGGAAAACGUUCAGAGUACGCAGAAAAUUCGAGUAGUUACGGUUUCGAUGUCGGUCACAAUGCGCUCAUGUUUUGA